CGCGUCCCACGGUCGCCCCACCGCGACUGCUCCAGUCGUUCAUCGGCGCCCGAACGAAGCGGUGGUCUCUGCGUCCCCACGGUCGGUCCUCAACUUCGCCACCUCGCCCGCGUCGAGUCCUCGAGAACAACACCAUGGCAUCCGUGUGCAUCAUCGGCUCCGGCAACUGGGGCUCGGCCAUCGCCAAGAUAGUCGGCGCGAAUGCGAAAAACCAGAGCAUUUUCGCCGACCGGGUCACCAUGUACGUUUACGAGGAGAUGAUCGAUGGGAAGAAGCUGACGGAGAUCAUCAACCAGACGCACGAGAACGUCAAGUAUCUUCCAGGGCACAAGAUACCCGAGAACGUGAUUGCGGUUCCGGACGUGGUGGAGGCUGCGAAAGACGCAGAUAUACUUAUAUUCGUGGUGCCGCAUCAGUUCAUCCAGAGGAUAUGCAACAGCCUGCAGGGAAAAAUCAAACCCACCGCCGUCGGGCUGUCGUUGAUCAAGGGUUUCGACAAGAAGGAGGGUGGCGGCAUCGAGCUGAUAUCUCACAUUAUUUCGAGACAACUACAUAUCCCAAUCUCCGUCCUGAUGGGCGCUAAUUUGGCUUCCGAGGUGGCUGACGAGAUGUUCUGCGAGACCACCAUUGGCUGCAAGGACAAAAAGAUGGCGCCGAUACUUCGCAACAUAAUUCAAACGUCGUACUUCAGGGUAGUAGUCGUCGAGGAUGUGGAUUCUGUGGAGUGUUGCGGGGCGCUGAAGAAUAUAGUUGCCUGCGGCGCUGGUUUCGUCGACGGCCUGGGUCUGGGCGACAAUACGAAGGCCGCGGUGAUCAGACUGGGCCUUAUGGAGAUGAUUAAGUUUGUCGAUGUGUUCUUCCCGGGCGGGAAAUUGUCGACCUUCUUCGAGAGCUGCGGAGUGGCCGAUCUGAUCACGACGUGCUACGGUGGGCGCAAUAGGAAGGUCUCGGAGGCCUUCGUCAAAACUGGCAAGACGAUCGAGAAGUUGGAGAAGGAGAUGCUGAACGGACAGAAGCUGCAGGGUCCGUUCACCGCCGAAGAAGUCAAUUAUAUGCUGAAAUUGAAGAACAUGGAAUAUAGGUUCCCAUUAUUCACGGCAAUUCAUCGGAUUUGCGUUGGUGAGCUAAAAGCGACGGACUUAGUCGACUGCAUACGCAGCCAUCCGGAACACAUGUAAGCUCAUAAUUGUUAUCAUAGCAUUUUGAAAGUGGUUCACUAACGUGAUAGGGACAAUUAGCCCGCCUAGAUCUAUGGAUCCUUUAUUACUGAGAAUUUAAUUAAUCUGACUUCUAAACGGUCCAAAAUCCUACAGAUCGAUAAAAAAAAUGUACUUAAAUUGCUUAGAGUUUCGAGCACUCAGCGUUCUGCGAUGCCACGCAGAAUUAUUUUCAAGCACCAUAAAGUGGAACUCACUGAUAAGAUAACUUUAGCACAGACUCGAUAACGCAAUGUGAAACCCGUAUUAAUCUUGAAUCAAGUCUGAUUAUAAUUCUGAUUGCAAAAUUUUAUUACAAAUCUUACAUUGCUCGAAGUUUCAAUGGUUCUUAGAUGUUAUGAAUCUGUAGUCUCAAAGAUUUAAAGGGCUCUAAAUUUUAUAUAAUCAGGCAAUUUUCAGAUACACGUAAACGCAAGAUUUUAUAAAUUUCAAAUUUCAUGGAUUUAUAAUUCAAUGGUUUUGCGAUUUAAAAUUUUUAUGAAAUUUUCACUCGUUUUUACCGCAAAUUUUGACUUUGUGAUUCCAUGACUUGUACAUCGGUUUCUUACGGAUCCAAGGGCUCUAAAAAAUUAUAAGUUCAAAAAGCUCGACUAAUUUAGCCAAUAAAAUUCCCGUAUCGCGUUGAACGCGAUCGAUAAAUAACUUGUUACAUUUUGCAAUGUGAAUAUAUAUGUAUACAUAUAUAUUUUAUCGCGACAGAGAUUUUAUUCAAUAUUUUGACCGAAUAGAUGAAUUAGAUCUAUAGAUCCUCCAAUUGUUGAUUGUUGUAUGCGUUGCCAACGAAUGAAUUCCGUUAUGUAAACCGAAA